AUGGUCUCCCAACGAGAUCGUGAAGCCCUCCGCGAUGAUCUUCGUGCCCGCUCGAAGCUGUCCACCGCAGACCGGGAAUCCCUGCUUAAAACCUACCUCCCCGAAGACCUCGCCCGACCCGAGCGGCGCAAACCUCACAAAACGCCCAUCCGCUCGUUCUUCAAGGCGCAACUGCACCACCUCGCCUAUGCGCUGACCCAUAUUAUCUUUGGUAUCGUGGUCCGACUGCUGCAAGCCUACCAUGCUGUCGUCGACCGCAUCUUCGCUAUCGUAUAUCACCACCACCGUACCCCCGAGCUUAUUCGCAAGGAUGUCAGGGGGUUGAAGCGUCUGCCACAGCACCUCAGUACAAUUUUGACUCUGCGCAAGGAGGACGAUGCGUUGGCGGUGCUCAUGGACGAAGUGGCCGAGCUGGCAGCCUGGAGUUCUUGUGCGGGCAUCCCGCAGUUGAGCGUCUACGAAAAGACUGGCGUCUUGAAAUCAUGUAUCCCCGCCCUCCACCAGAUCAUUACGACCAAGCUGGCAAGCUACUACGGUUCACCAGACCAACAGCCAAACCUGCACCUCUACGCUCCGCACCACCCGGUCCAGGGCUCAACUACAAACCCCGGCAAAAGUUCUCUGACAGUCCUCCUGCUCUCCUCCACCGACGGCCGGGAGACAAUUGUCGACUUGACCAAAACCCUGGCUGAAAUGAGCCAGAAUGGCAAGCUCUCCCCCGAGGAUAUCACUCCAGAACUUGUAGACGCAGAGAUCAGUGAUAUCACCACCCAACCCCUCACCUCCGGCAGCACGGGUGCCGUCCUGAAACCCGAGCCAGACCUACUGCUGGUUUUCAGUCCCUUCCUCAAGCUGGACGGGUACCCUCCUUGGCAGAUCCGUUUGACGGAGAUGUAUUGCACGGGCAGUCGAUCGCACGGUGUCAAUGGAGACGGCGAGGCAGUGGAAUAUCAAGGGUAUAUGCGUGGGUUGUGGCAUUUUGCUGGUGCGCAGAUGCGGUUCGGAAGGUAG